UUCAGUCUUCACUAUAAUAAUAAUAUUGAUCCAUCUGCACAUACAACAAAAAACCCGUGUCCCUACUCCUCACUUCUCUUCUGAUACGUCUCUUCCCUAUAUUUCUUCCAGUGUGUUGCCACUUCUCUCCCAUUGAUUUCAUCGGAGUAAUCGUGUCCGUUCAAAAUUACUGUGUGAAAUUGAAGAAAUCAUCAUGAGUUUUGCUAAGAAAGAGUACGACUUUCUCGAGAAGAUUGGAAUUGGCCCCAAAAAUCAAGGUUGUUAUGUUAAUGGAACCUGGAAAGCUACUGGCCCUGUAAUCUCUACUGUUAAUCCCGCUAACAACCAGACGAUUGCCGAAGUUGUUGAAGCUUCUGCACAGGAUUAUGAGGAAGGCAUGCAAGCUUGCUCUGAAGCAGCUAAGGUUUGGGUGCAGGUUCCUGCACCAAAAAGAGGUGAAAUUGUUAGGCAGAUAGGUGAUGCACUCCGAGCGAACCUUCAGGAAUUUGGUCGGCUUGUUUCACUGGAAAUGGGAAAGAUACUCCCCGAAGGAAUCGGGGAGGUUCAAGAAGUCAUUGAUAUGUGUGAUUUUGCUGUGGGAUUGAGUCGACAGCUGAAUGGAUCCGUUAUUCCUUCUGAACGCCCUAACCACAUGAUGUUGGAGAUGUGGAAUCCUCUUGGGAUAGUUGGUGUAAUCACAGCUUUCAACUUCCCAUGUGCUGUACUUGGAUGGAAUGCAUGUAUUGCGCUGGUCUGUGGCAAUUGUGUUGUCUGGAAAGGUGCUCCAACAACACCUUUGGUUACCAUAGCAAUGACAAAAAUUGUGGCUAGUGUAUUGGAGAAAAACAAUUUACCUGGUUCAAUUUUUACUGCCUUAUGCGGUGGAGCUGAAAUUGGUGAAGCAAUAGCAAAGGACACACGAAUUCCUCUAGUCUCGUUCACUGGGAGCUCAAAGGUUGGUCUUGCAGUUCAGCAAACAGUAAGUCAGAGAUUUGGAAAAUGUCUACUAGAACUAAGUGGAAACAAUGCCAUCAUAGUAAUGGAUGAUGCGGACAUUGAACUUGCUGUUCGUUCUGUUUUAUUUGCUGCUGUUGGUACGGCUGGUCAGCGCUGUACAACAUGCCGGAGACUGCUUGUUCAUGAAACAGUAUAUGAGAAGGUUCUUAAACCACUAGUGGAGGUGUACAAGCAAGUUAAGAUAGGGGAUCCUUUAGAAAACGGUACCUUACUUGGGCCAGUGCAUACUCGUACUUCUAGGGAAAACUUCGAGAAGGGAAUACAAAAUAUCAAGUCCCAGGGUGGAAAGAUCCUUACAGGUGGUUCAGUCAUAGAAUCUGAGGGUAACUUUGUGCAUCCAACAAUCGUUGAAAUUUCUCCAAAAGCUGAAAUUGUGAAGGAAGAAUUGUUUGGUCCAGUUCUUUAUGUAAUGAAGUUUAAGACUUUCGAAGAAGCAGUUGAAAUUAACAACUCUGUCCCUCAAGGUCUAAGUAGUUCCAUCUUCACCCAAAAUCCAGAAUUUAUAUUUAAGUGGAUUGGAGCUCAAGGAAGUGAUUGUGGCAUCGUCAAUGUAAACAUACCAACAAAUGGAGCUGAAAUUGGUGGUGCUUUUGGAGGUGAAAAAGGUACUGGUGGUGGCCGUGAGGCAGGAAGUGAUUCUUGGAAGCAAUAUAUGAGACGCUCAACUUGUACAAUCAACUAUGGGAGUGAAUUACCAUUGGCGCAAGGAAUCAAUUUUGGCUAGUGAAAUUGGCGCAGAUGAACUCGGUUCACCCGUGAAUUCAACCUAUAUGGUGCUUGUAAUUGGCCCGGAAUUACUUAUAUAAUGUGCCUUCCUUGCAACUCAAUAAAAAUGAUGUAUUAUAAACCAAGUGUUAUCAGUGAUUAUUAUCAGGUUGCCCAAUCAAUGAGAUUACUUGGCUAUCAUGCUUUCUUUGAA